ACAGCGAUAAAAAACUGUGAUGAUGCCUGGAUGGUGGUCAGGAUGAGAUCCCGAAAUCCAGGUGGGGAAAGCUCAUCCAAUGGGCAUUUCUCCAGGUCAAAGCCCAUUACAAACACCACUGAGAACCCAAACUUUCAGGAAGAUGCAAAGAGAAAGAACAAAUGUAAUCGAAAAGAAGAGGAAAUCGCAGUCUCAGGAACAGUCAAACACCGCAGCAAAUUGCCAGCUCCUGGUGAGCGAAAAAGCAAAAAAUCCAUAGAACUCUCUAAAGAGGACCUGAUCCGACUGCUCAGUAUAAUGGAAGGAGAGCUGCAGGCUAGAGAAGAUGUUAUCCACAUGUUGAAGACAGAGAAAAUAAAGCCGGAAGUUCUGGAGGCACACUAUGGAUCUGCAGCUCCAGAGAAUGUCCUAAGACUACUGCACAGGGAUGCUAUCCUUGCCCAAGAGAAAUCUCUUGCAGAAGAUGUCUAUGAGAAGCCCAUUUCAGAGCUGGACAGACUCGAAGAAAAACAGAAAGAAACGUACCGACGCAUGCUCGAGCAGCUUCUCUUGGCAGAAAAGUGCCAUCGGCGCACAGUUUAUGAGCUGGAAAAUGAGAAGCAUAAACAUACAGAUUACAUGAACAAGAGUGAUGACUUUACCAACCUCUUGGAGCAAGAACGUGAAAGAUUAAAGAAACUUCUUGAACAAGAAAAGAUCUACCAAGCCCGCAAGGAAAAGGAACAUGCCAAAAGGCUCAACAAGCUAAGGGAAGAGUUAGUCAAGCUCAAGUCAUUUGCACUUAUGCUGGUGGAUGAAAGACAAAUUCACAUUGAACAACUUGAUCAGCAAACCCAGAAAAUACAAGAUCUGACUCAAAAACUAAGAGAAGAAGAAGAAAAACUGAAAACUGUAAGUUCCAAAGCAAAAGAGGAUGGGCAGAAAUUGAUGAAGUUAGAGGCGGAACUUGAACACAAAACAUCAUCGUUUUCUCAAGAACAUGAGGAGAUGACUGCUAAAUUGGUUAGUCAAGAGUCACACAAUAGACAGCUCAGGCUUAAGCUGGUUGGCUUAACCCGAAGAAUUGAGGAGCUUGAAGAAACCAACAAAAGUCUUCAGAAGACUGAAGAAGAGCUUCAAGAGUUGAGAGACAAAAUAGCCAAAGGAGAAUGUGGGAACUCCAGUUUGAUGGCUGAAGUAGAAAAUCUCCGCAAGCGUGUUCUGGAAAUGGAAGGCAAAGAUGAGGAGAUCAUCAAAACUGAGUCCCAGUGUAAAGAGCUUCAAAAGAAACUGCAAGAGGAGGAGCUCCAUACCAAGGAGCUAAAAUUGGAAGUGGAGAAACUACAGAAGAGAAUGUCUGAACUUGAAAGGCUCGAGGAGGCUUUCAACAGAAGCAAAUCAGAGUGUUCGCAGCUGCGCUUGAAUCUAGAGAAAGAAAAGAACUUAACCAAAGACUUGAUUAAUGAGUUAGAAGUGUUAAAGACACGAGUAAAAGAUCUCGAGUCUUCAGAAAGUAAGUUGGAAAAGGCUGAGCUCCUCUUGAAAGAUGACCUUACAAAGCUGAAGUCAUUUACAGUCAUGCUGGUUGAUGAAAGAAAAAACAUGAUGGAUAAAAUAAAGCAGGAAGAGAGAAAUGUUGAAAGCUUGAAUAAAAACUUUAAGGUGGAGCAAGGCAAAGUUAUGGAAGUGACUGAAAAGCUCAUAGAUGAAAGUAAGAGGCUUUUGAAGCUGAAGUCUGAAAUGGAGGAAAGGGUGUCCUGUUUGACAAAGGAAAGGGAUGAGUUAAUUGGCAAGCUGAAGAGUGAAGAGGAAAAAUCUGCUGAGCUGAGCUGUAUGGUGGAUAUGUUAAAGAAAAGAAUUGAUGGUAUAGAGGAGGUUGAAAGAGAAAUAGCCAGAGGUCGAGUUAGAAAAGGACAGAGUCUCUCUGGCCAGGAGGAUAACAAGAUUAAAGAACUCACAGUAGAAAUUGAAAGACUGAGAAAGCGUCUCAAGCAGUUGGAAGUGGUUGAAGGAGAUUUGAUGAAGACUGAGGAUGAAUAUGAUCAGCUGGAGCAAAAAUUUAGGACCGAGCAGGACAAAGCAAAUGUCCUUUCUCAGCAACUGGAAGAAAUGAAGCUCCAGAUUGCAAAAACUAAAGCCAUUGAGAAGGGUGAGGCAGUGUGUCAGGAAGCAGAGCUGAGGCACAGGUUUCGGCUGGAGGAAGCUAAGAGCAGCAACUUGAAAGCUGAAGUGCAGGCACUGAAAGAGAAAAUCCAUGAGCUGAUGAACAAAGAAGACCAGCUUUCACAGCUACAAGUGGAUUACUCUGUUCUUCAGCAAAGGUUUAUGGAGGAAGAAAAUAAAAACAAAACUAUGGGACAGGAGGUGCUGAGCUUGACAAAAGAGCUUGAGCUGUCUAAGCGCUACAGUCGUGUCUUGAGACCCAGCAUGAAUGGCAGAAGAAUGGUAGAUGUACCUGUUACAUCCACUGGAGUACAAACUGAUGCAGUAAGUAAUGAAACAGCAGAGGAAGAAACACCUGCUGUGUUCAUAAGGAAGUCCUUCCAGGAAGAGAACCACAUCAUGAGCAAUCUUCGACAGGUGGGCCUUAAAAAGCCGAUGGAGAGGUCAACUGUGCUCGACAGAUAUCCUCCUGCAGCAAAUGAGCUCACAAUGAGGAAAUCAUGGAUUCCGUGGAUGAAGAAAAGAGAGAGUGGUUCUCCAGCAGCUCAAGAUAAAGGAGCCCGAGUACAUACCAGUCCAGAACAUCCUGGAGAAGUGGUCCUUUCUCCCAAGCAAGGGCAGCCUCUUCAUAUUCGGGUAACACCAGAUCAUGAGAAUAGCACAGCUACUUUGGAGAUCACUAGUCCAACAGCAGAAGAGUUUUUCUCAAGUACUACUGUCAUCCCCACCUUGGGAAAUCAAAAACCACGAAUUACCAUCAUUCCCUCUCCUAAUGUCAUGUCCGCAAAAGGAAAAACUGGCGAGAGCCCUGUGGGUCCAGAAAGAGCUAUGUCCCCAGUUACUAUAACUACUUUUUCAAGAGAGACAUCUUCAGAAUGCACUAGAUCUCCUUUUAUGGAAAGGCCCGUCUCUCCAAUCCAGAUAAUGACAGUGUCUACCUCGGCUGCACCAGCAGAAAUUACUGUGACCCCAGAAUCGCAGGACAUGACCAUGGGGAGGGCUGUGUUUAAAGUGACACCAGAAAAACAAACUGUCCCCACUCCAGUCCGGAAGUACAAUGCCAAUGCAAAUAUUAUAACAACUGAAGACAACAAAAUUCAUAUUCAUUUAGGCUCUCAGUUUAAACGCUCACCUAGCACAGCUCAAGAUGGAGUAAGCCCUGUGAUAACUGUCAGACCCAUGAAUGUAGCAGCAGAGAAAGAGGUGAUGACUGGUACCGUCCUUCGUUCUCCCAGGAAUAAUGUAUCAUCAAGGCCUGCAGCAAGCAAAGUUACAAGUACCAUCACUAUAACUCCAGUUACUACGUCUUCCACUCGAGGAACACAAUCAGUGGCAGGACAAGAUGGGUCGUGCCAGAGACCUACACCGACCCGAAUCCCUGUGUCUAAAGAGAGUAUCGUCAUUCAUCAGUUACGCAUGAAUUCCAGAUGAGUCGCCAUGCAAAAUCUGAAUCUGUGUGUGCACUUCUUCACAUCAUUUGGUUGGAUCACUGCUGACUUCCAUUACUAUGAUCUUCCAUGCUACUGAUUACUUAUGGAAGUAUCUUACUGCUUCCAUUGGAUUCUGGGCUUUUCUGUGCACAUUUUAAUGUUUGUUUUUAUAAAAGAAAAAAAAAUGUGUUUGACUUUUAGAAACUAGAUGGAAAGAAAGAGCCUUGUCUCUUGUGCCAAUAGAAUUUUACUCCAAUUUUGUAAAGCCUUCGAGUCAAUUGGCACAUUUAAUUUGGAAGGGUGGGCCCUUAUAUAAUUUAUUUUUAUAACACACUUUGUAAUGCAGGGUUUGUAUGAAUUUUUUUUUUUGCCAAACCUGAUUUCUGUGGCAUAUCCAUUUGUAGAAUACACUGUCAAAAUUGCAAUGUGCUAAUUUGUGGGUUUUUUAAAAAUUGGAAACUAUAGGAAUGUUAAUUCAACCUCAAAAUGGCACAUUGUAAGAAAAAUCAUGCAAAUGUUCUUGCCAUAAGGUGACUGUGAUAUUAAUUGCCCUGAAGACUGCUCUGUGGGAUUGCAUUAUAGGAUUGUUUGUAUUAUUUUUGCAUUGUGUUGUGGUUUAACAGAAUGAAUACCAACAAACCAAAGUCUUGAGACUAUUAGACUUAAAAACCAUUUUUAAAUGUUGUCAACUGAUUUCUAUUAAACUGUGGACAUACAAUGUGUGCCUUUUAUAUAUGCUUGUACCUAAAAUAUUUCUUUUUAUCACACUGUAUCAAAUAAAUUUUCACAAGUGUGCAACAGUAACAUGGUGUUCAAAUUACAACAGUAAUGUUAGAAAAAAGCUUAACAUUCACAUUUAACAUUUUAGUGCUGACAGGAUGAGGGACUAGAAGAUCAUACAUGCCUCAUUUUGACCAUGAAUGCUGGUCUGAUUAUGUCAUACUCUGAUCCUGUGAUCUUAAUGGACUUGGACAUUACCUAGCUCUUCAUAGCUUGCUGCCUGUUCCCAUCAACUUGCUCAGAUAUACUCUGAAUUUGCUGUGCUCUGGAAGCUAAUCUGGGGCUCAAGUAAACCUGUUCUUAUUUGUCCAUAUAAUAGUUGUAAUUUCAGAUUCUUGGUGGUAGUUUUCGGGAUCUAAAGAGCUCCCGCACCACCGUAUUUGCCUUAAGCAUUCUAAUAUUUUUUGCUUUCUUCAGCAGUUCAUGCUGCAGGGGAUGCUAGAAAUAAAAUACAUUUUUACAGUAUGUAAGGGGGUAAACGGGGCCCCUGAAAAGUCUUUAUGUGUUGGACCCUUGGAACUGUAGCCCAUGUGUCAUUAUUAAAUGCACACUUAAUACAGAAAUAGUGUCCAGGUAACAUCAGAGCAUAUUUACCACACGUGAGAAUUCACAUAAAUGUUUUUGUGAAGACUUUCUAGAAUAGAAAUGACUGCUUUAUUCCAAUAUGUUCCUUUAAAGUGAACGGGAAAUAAGCGUUAUCUGAGGGUAAAUCACUGGUGAAACGUUGUGUGGGGAUAUGUUUAAGCAGGGCUCAUUUUGAGGGGGAACGUGCAGGAACGGAGUUCUGGUAGUUCUCCGAAGAGGUCACAUGUCAGGUGGCCCCACCCACCUGAUUUUCGACCAUUUUGGGCCCCUUGUGGCCUGGAUUGGGGCUGAAACAGCCUGGAUUGGGGCCGAAACGGCCUGGAUCAGGUCAGUGCCAGGUGGGGGAACCCUCCCCUGCCCGGCACCGACCCAGUCCCGGCUGUUUCGGUCCUAAUCCGGGCCCAAACAGGCCCAAAAUGGCCACUUUCAGCCAUUUUGGGCCCAAAACAGCCAGGAUUGGUCCCGAAAUGUCCCAGAUCAGGCCU